AGCAAUUCACGCCUCUACAGAAUGUAAACAACAUAGCUGCUCGAUUCGAGAAAUUUUGGGCUCGACUUUAAUUCUGAUUAUAGAGUUCCCGGAACUAAUAAAGUCGAUUCCAGAGAUUGUGUUCGACUCAAAACAAAACACAGACAGAAAAAAAAAUUAGCUGUUGCUGAAAUUUUAGUUAGGACCGUCAUUUGAAGAGUUAUGUAGCGCUAACGCUGGUUAUUACCGUAGCUCCUUCAGUUAUACAGCCUUAAGACGCCUUAGGACUGCUAACGUUGUUUUAUUGUAAGCAGUUGUGUAAUUUGUACAGUUUACCAACGAAAAUCUUUUCAGUGUUUUCAUGUUGAGUGAGAGGUUUCCCUGAAAGACUUCCUCUAGUUUGUCUGCGAACUUGAACCGAAUCAGUAUCACGGUGUGGAAUCGAGUCUUAAGAGUCGAAUCUCAUGCCACAAUGUCUGGGACCCGUAAGAAUCGAGUCUUAAGAGUCGGAUCUCAUUCCACAAUGUCUGGGACCCGUAAGAAUCGAGUCUUAAGAGUCGGAUCUCAUUCCACAGUGUGUGGUACCCGGAAGAAUCGAGUCCCAGAUAUAAUCAACUGGUUCCACUGGUGGAGCAGCAAAACAUCACUGUAUUAGUUGAUUAGCACACCAUAACACAGACGUUGUAGCUUUGCGUCAAGUGCUGAAGUUGGUAAGAAAGCAGAUUAAACAUGAUGAAGCCAAGGAAUGUGAGUAAAGUGGUUUUAAGCAAGGAGCAGUCUGAGGGAGUCGGAGCAAGAGUUCAGAGGAGCAUCGGGCGAAAAGAACUGAAAAACCUGGAUCCGUUUCUGAUGCUGGAUGAGUUCUGUGUGAGGAAGCCUGCAGGGUUUCCUGAUCAUCCUCACCGUGGAUUUGAGACGGUAACGUACCUUCUAAGUGGUGCAUCGGCUCACGAGGAUUUUUGUGGACAUUGUGGAACACUGGAAGCUGGGGAUUUGCAGUGGAUGACUGCAGGACGAGGUGUGGUUCAUGCAGAGAUGCCUCUAUCAGAUGAACCCAUGCGGGGCCUUCAGCUUUGGGUGAACCUGCGAAAAGCCGAUAAAAUGGUGGAACCUCAGUACCAGGAACUGAAGAACAGUCAGAUUCCUAAGCCUAGCAUAGAUGGUGUGACUGUGGCCGUCAUUUCGGGAGAAGCCCUCGGGGUGAAGGUGGGGAUCAAACAUCCACAGCGGCCCUUGAAUCAUUCAAAAAUCUACACCAGAACUCCAACGGUUUAUCUUGACUUCCGACUCAGUGAGGGUGCAAAACACGUGCAGCCAAUACCCUUGGGUUGGACCGCUUUUAUCUACACACUCUCGGGAAUCGUGCAUACUGGGCCAGAAGAAGCUCAGAAGGAAGUCGAGCCUCACCACACUGUGGUUUUUGAGGAUGGUGACUGUAUCCAAGUGGAAAAUAAGGCAGUCGAGGUGGCACACUUUGUGCUGAUUGCUGGAGAACCGAUCAAGGAACCGGUGGUGCAGCAUGGCCCAUUUGUCAUGAACUCCGAGGAGGAGAUCGAGCAAACCAUUACAGACUACAGAACAUGCACAAACGGAUUUGAGAGAGCGAAACACUGGCAAUCAAAAAUACGUGGGACAAUGUAAAUGUGUGGAAUUUUUAUAUGCUACUGGAAAAGCACUUUUAUUAUCUUCCAAUCUAAUCUACAGUAUAAGCUGCUUUUAUUUACUCGGGUGAUCUGAAGGCCACUCAUUCCGUUUGCUGUUUGCAAUCCUGUCAUUUAUUUAAUUGUAAGCUCAUAGAUUAUAGCUCCUGUUGACGUGUUUAGAGUUGCACAGACACACACAGCUCCACUUACAAACCAUUAAAGAGUACUGAAACCA